UUUCAAAGGGACAAGAGUUUACACAUGGAAGGUACUGCAUGGAAUGUGCAUGCGUGUCACGUGCAGUGCAUUUACUGUCUCCUUUGCUUGCAUAACGUGGAGGCUCAUAGUCAUAAGGUGACCUCUUUAUCCGUUCAACGGAAAUUGGAUAAACAAGAAAAGCAUUGUCGAAGCAGCAUGCAGUGUUAAUAAACACAGAAAUGUUAUUAUUUGGUAACCACAAAAAAAGAAGAUAAUAAACACACAGAAGAAGAUAAUAAACACACAUUUUAUCCAAAAAAAGAUAAUAAAACACAACUAUUAAGCAAAAAAAUAACAAAAACAGAAAAAGAAAACUGAAGAGAAUAAUACCUGACGAUCGAGCGGUGUCGACAAGAAAAACAGCUAAUGAUGGAUCGGCCACGAUUGCAUCCCGACGAAGAAAGAAGAUCAUUGGACCCUAAGAUUAGGGAGGGGGGGGGAAACUUUUUCUUUUCUUUUGUUAAGAUACAAAAAUCGAAUUUGUUUUCAAAUUGGAUAAUAAUCCAAUUUAAAAGAAAAAAGAGGAAAUGAUAUGAUAUUCAUAUUAAUGUGAAUAUCAUUAUUAACUGGAGGUUUAAAUAUUUUGUAUUGUGCCAUUUUGUAGUAACUAAUGACUAUGUAUAUGUAGAACGUAGUAUAGUUUAGUAUUCUGAUUUGUAUAAUCAAUUACUAAUAACACGCACAGAAUCACAAAGUCAAUUUAUCUAUGUUUUCACUCUUUUUCACAUACGAGUAUCUUAGCAGAUACAUACAGUUUUCUGUACAUACGUAAUACGUAUAAAGAUAUACUCUUUUAUCGCUAUUUGUAUAGAUAUCGAGACGUUUCAGUUCUGUUCUGACAUAUUCCCCCAAAAAGGAGAAAAAGCUAAAUUUAAGUUACAAGUUUGUUUUCGGUGAAAUUUUCUUCUUGAUGAUCAUCGCUGAACUCUAUGUCUCUCUCUCUCUUCUCUGGUCUUCUUGACUUUUAGUAUUUUCUCUUAAAACAAAGAUUCAAGAACGGAAGACGGAAACAACAACAACAAAAAUGAGCAGUCAAGGAGAAAUGGAGGAGAGUCUACUACGUGUAGGAUCAGACGCUAAGGCUCAGAGCAACAGUAUAGAGAGUCUCUAUCUGAGAGCAAAGGUUUGGAGUGAAGUAAGCAAAAUGUGGAGAAUAGCAUUACCUUCCUCUUUGUUCCGAAUGACUUCGUUUGGUAGCAUCAUUGUAGCUCAGGCCUUCAUCGGUCACUCGUCUGAGUUGGGUCUAGCCGCUUAUGCUCUCCUCCAAAGCACAUUCAUUCGCUUUCUCUACGGUUUAACGGGCGGUAUGUCAAGUGCCACGGAGACGUUAUGUGGACAAGCAUACGGUGCAGAACAGUACCACACAAUGGGGAUAUAUCUACAACGUUCAUGGAUUAUAGACAUAGCCGUGACCACUUUGUUCCUACCGUUUAUCAUAUUUGCCGGUCCCAUUCUCCGUCUUUUAGGCCAAAAUGUUGAUAUCACGAGGACCGUUGAUGAGAUAUAUCCUUGGACGAUCCCUUAUGUCUAUAGCUUAAUCUUCACUAUGACUAUGCAAAUGUACCUCCAAGCACAAAUGAGGAACGCUAUCGUAGGCGUUCUCUCGGUCUUGUCAUUGGCUCUUGACCUCUUGGUCACAUGGUGGUGCGUGAGUUUUAUGGGGAUGGGGAUUGGUGGUGCGCUCCUCGGGCUUAAUGUGAGCUCGUGGGCUUUGGUAUUGGCUGAGUUUGUGUAUGUUUUUGGUGGAUGGUGUCCUUUCACUUGGUCUGGAUUUAGUACUGCUGCUUUUGUUGACCUGAUUCCUAUGCUCAAGCUCUCCAUUUCUUCAGGCUUCAUGAUCUGCUUAGAGUAUUGGUACCUGAGUCUCCUUGUAUUAAUGGCUGGUUAUACAAAAGACGCUAAUAUCGCAAUCUCUGCUUUCUCAAUAUGCCAAUACAUAUAUACAUUGGAAUUCAACAUAUGCCUUGGCUUCUUGGGUGCAGCUUGCGUCCGAGUGGCUAACGAGUUGGGGAAGGGAGAUGCAGCUGCAGUGAGAUUCUCUAUCAAAGUGAUAAUCACAGUAUCAACAAUCAUGGGAGUGAUAUUCUCUGUUCUAUGCUUAGCAUUUUGCGGUCAGAUAUCGUAUUUGUUUACCAAUAGCAAAGAGGUUUCAAAAGCAGUGGAUGAUCUAUCGAUAAUCCUUGCCGUAUCAAUCUUACUCAACAGCAUUCAACCUGUACUCUCAGGUGUGGCGGUUGGAGCAGGGAUGCAGAGUAUAGUGGCAGUUGUGAACUUUGUUUCAUAUUACGCAGUUGGUAUUCCUUUGGGUCUCAUCCUUACUUAUGUUUUCCAUCUCGGUGUUAAGGGACUAUGGUCUGGAAUGUCGGCUGGUAUAGCGAUCCAAACUGCGAUAUUGUGUUAUAUCAUUUACAGAACUGACUGGGAAUUAGAGGUUAAAAAGACAAGCGAACGUAUGAAAGCGUGGAGCAUUCAGCCAUCUCAUGAGGAUUCGAAUCCUAUAAGAGAAGAUGAGAGGAAGUGAGAAGUGAGAAGUGUGUAUAAACUGUUCCCUUGUGUAAAUUCAUAAACAUAUAAAUGCAUAAAUGUACCUACGUUGCUUUAAAAUCAAAUUCAGUUUUUCGAAAA